UUUGGUAAAAACUCAUACAGGCACACACGCACACAGCAGCAGCAGCAGCACAAGUCCGUAAAAAGGUGUGUGCACUGUAGUGUAGUUUUCCCCACAGGUAGAAAACGGCGAACGACGUGUGGAAAGUUCACAGUCAAGUGAUUCGCUCCCGGAACGAGUUGAUUUUUCGUGCACGGUGCCGGAAUUUAGCUUUUUCCGACGAAAGGGAAAAAAGCAGCAGUAGCAGCAACCAUUGAAGAAAAAAAAACAAGUGUCCAGUGCGGUUUGACAGGACGUGAGUGAACAUCACGUCCUUCUGUCAAGUGAUGAUUUGUACCACAUUCAUCAAAGUAGCCGAUUAGCCGUGUUUGUUCCAGAGUGUUAAACAUUCAAUGAUUUGAUCGGAACUGAGUGGGCGCUACCGCGAGAAAUCCAAAUUUGUUUGAAAUCCCCACAGCAGCAAUAGGGAUUCUGUACUGUGCAGUGAAAGUUAAAAGAAGCAAUCCAUCGCGAAAACGGUGGAAAUCAAACGCAACUCUCACAUUGGAGUGAUCUGAACGGAGGCAACCAGAGUCGGGGACCGACUCAUUCGCCAACUACCAACAACCUUCCCGGGAAAGAAAACCGUAGCUUGCAAUGGCCGACUAUACGCUGGACGUGGACAAUCUGAUCCAGCGGCUCCUAGAAGCUCACAAACUGCAGCAGCAGCAGGCGCAAGAGUCCCGGAAAAAGGGCAAACUGAAAGAGAUAUUCUCACACGAUUUCAUGGUUCGGGGAUGUCGUCCAGGAAAAUCAGUACCUAUGCCAGAGGAAGAAAUUCGAGCACUAUGUUUAAAAUCUCGUGAAAUCUUCCUACAACAACCAAUACUUCUGGAAUUGGAGGCUCCACUUAAAAUUUGCGGUGAUAUACAUGGACAGUACACAGAUCUGCUGCGACUUUUCGAGUACGGUGGAUUUCCCCCGGAGGCCAACUAUUUAUUCCUGGGCGAUUACGUAGACCGGGGCAAACAGUCGUUGGAAACGAUCUGUCUCCUGCUAGCAUACAAAAUCAAGUAUCCGGAAAACUUUUUCCUAUUGCGUGGAAAUCAUGAGUGUGCCAGUAUUAAUAGGAUAUAUGGUUUCUACGAUGAAUGCAAACGGCGGUACAAUGUGAAACUGUGGAAAACAUUCACGGAUUGUUUCAAUUGCCUGCCCAUUGCUGCCAUUAUUGAUGAGAAAAUAUUCUGCUGUCACGGAGGCUUGAGCCCGGAUUUGAACCAUAUGGAACAAAUUAAACGCAUAAUGCGACCAACAGAUGUUCCCGAUACGGGGCUACUGUGCGAUCUGCUGUGGAGUGAUCCGGACAAGGAUGUUAAAGGUUGGGGAGAGAACGAUCGUGGCGUUAGCUUCACGUUCGGUGUCGACAUUGUUGCAAAGUUUUUGCUAAUUCACGAGCUGGAUCUCAUCUGCCGAGCGCAUCAGGUCGUGGAGGACGGGUACGAGUUCUUCGCCCGGCGAUCGCUAGUAACGCUGUUUUCCGCACCGAACUAUUGUGGUGAAUUUGACAAUGCCGGCGGUAUGAUGUCGGUAGACGCAAAUCUAAUGUGUUCGUUUCAGAUUCUGAAACCAUCGGAAAAGAAGGCAAAAUAUCAAUAUAGCGGAACGAAUAAUCAGCGACCGCAGACACCCCAGCGCAAUCAAAAUCCAACCAAUAAACGGAAAUAAUAAUUUCUCUCCCUUCUCAACCGCUACCUAACGAGACGCAGCAAGAAAAAGUCAUCAUUAACGGCCAGUUCGCCGGCCAGCACCGCCACCAAUGCCACUAACGCUUCCAGCAAUACUGAUGGUGACGAUGAAAUCAUGCUCACCGGUACCUCUGUGCCGUACGAUCCUGCAGCAGAGCAAUUGGCCCAAGGUCAGGACCAUGAACGAGUUAACACGGUAAACGGUACCACUGUAGCGACCGGUGUGGUAGCAUCGGCUUCAUCAGGCGCGUCGUCGUCCUCGGCGUUGCUGAAAAAUGUUCCAAUAAAAGCAAUCGUAUUUUCUGACCAAUCUUUGCAAAGUAUUGAUAACGAUACGACCACGUCGCAUUUACGACCCGCUACCCCCUCUGCACUCCGUCCGGAUGGCUCACUUAUGGAAAGAAGAGGAUCUGAAGUAGAGGGGGAAGAUUGUUCCUUGCCAUCACCACCUCCUCCACCAUCGAUACAAACGGUACCAGUAAUGCAGUUGCAAGCUCUUCACCUACAUCAACCAGUUCCGCAAUAUCCGCAAGAUGCAGUAACGAUGCACAAUGCGGCAACGUCGGCACGAUCAUGCUUUUCACCACCGCCCCCAGCAGUUGUAACGACCGCGUUAAUGAGUACCUCUGGGUCACAUGUGAUGCCUCCUGGUGGAUCUGGUUCCAACAGACAAUUGCCGCCCUAUCCACCGGCCGUACCACUUCCGAAACCGACACCGAUUUGGAUCACACCGGUUCCACGCCCAUCCAGUGCCGGAAGUAGUACGCUCGGACGGGAAAGGGCAGCUACCGUGACGGCAAAUGCAUAUUCGACCGCAUCCACCAUCACCGUAGCUACCGGCAGCAAUAGUUCGGCAGUAGUUUCGACUGUGCCUAUUUUGCGUACUUUCGGUGCCUCAGCUGGUUCACGUCAAAAUUCAUUUGGCAGCUAAGCUGUGUACGGAACGGGUUGACGUGAGCGCUAUGAUUCGGUCAGUUAUAUACGAGCGCGAACCAAAAAGUUAUGGCUGUAAGCGUGUGAUCUAAAUGGAACAUUCGGAAGGGAGAUGACUAUUAUGGAAUAGGAUCGGUUAGGCAGCAAAUAGUUAAGGGUGGCCACAGAAGUUUUCGUUUGGCAAUGGCUAGAGCGAAACAAAGCAAAACGAUGAUGACUAUCAAAUGUGUCGCGACAAAACGGGAAGCGUGUGAGAAUGUGAGAGAAUUUAAGAUGCAUAAGAAAAGAGAGAUACAAAAAACGCUUUGAAGUUUAGCGAGGAACGCGAGAAAACAAAAAUAAAUAGUUUUUAUUGAUUGAUAUUGUUAACAAAUACAAAUACACACACACAGCACACUAUCAGAAAAGCAAAAGAGAUGCUUUUUUGUAUUACGAGCGUGUUUAGUGUGUGUGCAAUGAUAACGGAAUGAACAGAAAUUAAACGAAUGAUAAUAAAUCGGAUACGCAAGAUUUUCGGUAGGCGUGAUAUCGCAAAAUUGAAAAUAAGCAACUAAAUAAAAUGCCACAGUGGCACACACGAGCUAGGAGAACACUGGGAAAAAGAAAGGCAGCGCAGUGGUAUGAUCACGUACAAUGUAUGUAGAAAUCUUAUGUCAACUCAAGCAAUUGUAAAUGGCCGCACUAUCCUCGGCACUAAAGGUUAAAAAGCCACACACAUACACACACCAAUAAGCGAGGAAGUUGAUGCUUGGGUGCAGGAUUCACAUCUAACUGCAGCGGCAUUACGAGUGAAAGCCAAUGAGUGACCGAUAGAAACACAUACAAUACAUGUUCACACCAGUACCAGUUUCACGAGGUGUGGAUAAAUAUACAAAAUUUCCACAAGCGCAUGAAAGUUGUUCUCUGUAAUAUUAUUCAUCCAACUGGAGCAGAUACGGUAGACGUGUGUAUCUGUGAUCGACAAAGAUUCGGCUACGGCGAUAUAUAUAUAUAAUGCAGUACAUUUUCAAAAUAGCAAACAUAGUGUUACAAAAUCCGUACAGUAGGAUCAAAGCAUUGCAGCAGCAAAAAGCCAGUAACGUAUGAUUUGAUCAGAUCAAUCAUGAACUGUGUAGAUGGAUGAAAAAUGCGUCCGAGAGGGGAGAGAAAACAGAAAAAAGGAAAGAUAGAUGCUACACAUAGAGCAACAUGAUGAGGAAUAGAAACGAGAUGGAGGGAGUGUGGAUAAGAAGAGAUAAUUAUUUAUAAAGAUGUAGAUACACAUACGCAUAUAUAAAUAUAUAUGUAUAUAUGCAUGUACGCAUUACUCAAAACUGACUACAGAAUACAGUGACGCGAAAAAUGUGCAUGAGAGAUUUUCCGAUUAUUUUCGGUUGAUCGUUUUAUUGCCUUCUGGAAAUUUAAAGUAGGAAAUGUAUAUUUUCACCCUCAAGUCGGUAAGGAAGAGAAGGAAGUUGGAGGAGGGUGUAUAUGCACUGUGUAGGUGUGGAAAACAAAUCAAAGAUCAAAGGUCAGAUCAAUAUGUGCGUAUAUAGCGGGUCGUUGGUGCAUUGAAUAGAAACAUUUGCACACAUGCAACAUAUGUGUGCAUUCAAACUGUAUAUCAACGAUGAACAUUUGCCCAUGUCAAAAGCGGGUGGGCGAACCAAGCAUGUAAUGUAAAAGCACUGUAAAAACCAACAACAACCAACGCAUCAAUGCAUCUUCAUCUUUUACAUGCCCGUGCAAUGUCGCGGCACCAGCACCGGGGUGCGUUCGGUUAAAUGGAAACAUUGUCUACACAAGCGAAAGAUUCAAACAAAUGGUUAUGCAUUUACACCAUGAAAAGGUACACGCAGAGUGUCAAGCGUAGAGUACGGUUCAGUGUUUUUUGUUUGUUUGUUUGUUUAGAUCGUUUUAAAGCUUCCCGUUCCAAAGAAUAUUUAUACCUAGUUAUGAUGAAGCGUUUGCCUCGGCAACAAGUCUCUGCUAAUCAUCCGCAUGAUUAAUUGGCGUUCAGUUCGUAUCGAAAAUAGUUUUCGAUUAGACUAGUUGGGGUUUCGUGUGAUGAUGGUUCGAGUUCAAUGUUUGCUUAUCACACUCAAAAGUGUAUCUUCUAUGUGUCAUGUUUUUCCUUCUUUCCGUCUACUCAUUUGACGCAAACCGGCCCAAUUGUUCGUAUAUUUGCCUUUACUAUUGGCUAUCUACUUUUACUACUGUGCAUGUCAUCGUAGUAGAAUAGUCAAUCGUUUGUUGCCUUAUGGGUUGUUUCACAUUAUCUUGAAAUCUACAGCCUGUGUUGUGUAAGACCAUUCGUCUUGCCUUUCGUAGUGGUCUGUACAAGGUUAGCGCUUGUGUAGACCAAGAGGACACACUUCAUUGCAUGUUCCGAUAUUUUGUGUUCGACCCGAAAGCUCUUGGUUUUAUUCUGUAUGUAUUCAAAAAAAUCAUUACUCUAACGUUUCUUUGGCUGUGAGAAGAGGAAAUGCAUACCAGAACAAAAAUAACCAGUAGAGAAAAUGCAUGAGAAUGGAUGGCAGGUGGAAUUUACACCAUAAAUCCACUGAUCAUGUUUCCACUGAACCAAAGCUGAACGUAACUAGUACACACAACAAUAAAACGCAAAAAAACAUUAAUUGUCUCCCGUUUGGUAGAUGAUGAUCGCUCGUCUCACUCACAAAAACCAACCAUUUAUACACGUCACCCGUUUGGAAGGCUUUUACAAAACACUCUUUUUUACAUUCAAUCGACACACGGGACACGGGACGGCAACAAUAACAACUGCAGAUGGAAUAAGUAUGCGUUAACAGGGAACGCGAUUCGCAGAUAGAAUCCGUUCUGGUUUGGUUUAAGUUUACGAAUUUAUAGCUUAUCCGAUAUCUUGACAAUUUGCACAUCAUUCGCUUUUCGUGCGUGUUCCGUACGAGCGGCAUGGUUCGUGCCGAAUCGACGGAGCAGACGAGAUAUGGCGCCUUUUUUUUAGCAUCUUCUUUAAAACAAGCCUGAAUAGCGAAAGCAAAACAAAGAGAUAAACAAACGCGUGCGAUGCUUAAGUUUUAGGUUGCAUCAAAGUAAAGAAACGUUACGGGCAUGCAUAUGAAUUAGACAGCAGCAAGAAUGUAAAACAGUAAAUUAUUAUAAUUAACAAAACUCAGCAUACCGACACCCGCGCGACCGUGUUACAGCACCGCGAGUGGCCGGGACUGGUCAACGGCACCGGGCAUAUUAUGUUGGAAAGAAGAGCAAUGUAAUGAAUAAAGGAUCAUAAUUAAUAUUGAAA